GAAAAAUCUAAAUUCACAUUUAAUCAAUAACAACCAAAAAUAAUUAAGUUUUAGACUAAGGUAAAACCUCGAGACGUAUAGUUACCUAAUUAUUAAAUAUUCAAUUACACAUUAGGACAUCUUGGUGUAGCAUAUUUGUCAAAAAUCGUUGGAAUUUUUCAAAUAAAUAAAAAUUUACUUAAUCUUAUGGGCGCAGACAUCUUGGAUAUAUUGCUCCGAUUUGAUUGGUCAAUAAAGUAGACCUAUAUUUUAACCCGAGAAACGGUCACCGCGACACCGUGUGGUUGGGGAGCGAAAUUACAAAACAAAUAUUGAAAUUUAAAAAUCGUCUGAUCGUGAAUGAAUCAGGGUAAAGUAGUAUAUAUUGGAUCACAUUUAUUGAUAAAGACUCUACUUGCAUCGGUCUGGCUAACAGACCUUGUGUUGGACUUGCAGCUAACAUAGCACUUACCCGAUCACUUUAACACUCUAACUGCCCAAGAUGUCAGUGACACUGGUUUCAGUGAAGGAAACGGACAAAGAUACUCCAAAAAUGACGGAGGAAAGUAAUAGGACACAAAAGUUUCCGACGGAUCCUCCGCCGGAUUAUGAUUCAGUCAAACCAGUAACCCCAUCUGAAAUAGAUACAAAGAAACAGAAUGGGGCUGCAUCAAACUCAGCUGAAACUGCAGUUAAGGUUAAAAAUGGGAAAGAUGAUGACAAAGACAACGAGAAAAAGGAGGAGGAAAAACCAAUGGUCGGCUUUAGACAAAUAUUCCGCUACGCUGACUGCCUUGAUAUAACUUGUAUGAUAACAGGAACAAUAGCCGCAGCUGCCCAUGGUGUAGGGAUGCCACUUAUGAUCGUUGUAUUUGGGAAUAUGAUUGAUGCAUUUGUUGGCAAUGCCCGUGAUCAGAAUACAUUAAACGCCCUCAUUACAAAUCUAACAGAUUCGGGUGCUCUCGCAGCAAAUAACCUGACAGCUGAUAUGGUACGCAAUGAUCCAAACUUAUUAAGGCCUAUAAUAGGGGAUAAGCCAUUUGAUGAUGCUGCAGCCAAGAUGACGGGAGACAUUCUGGAGCAGAUGACUACCUUUGCCAUCUAUUAUAUCAUUAUUGGCUGUGCCAUCCUUGUUGCUGCCUACUUGCAAGUCUCCAUGUGGAUGAUGUCGUCAGAGAGACAAACACAACGAAUCAGAGUGAAGUUUUUCCGCUCAAUUUUACGCCAGGAAAUCGGUUGGUUUGAUACCCACGAAGUAGGGGAGCUUAACACUCGCUUAUCCGAUGACAUUAACAAAGUUCACGAUGGAAUUGGUGACAAGCUUGGAGCAUUUGUCCAAUGGUUUUGUGGUUUCAUCACAGGAUUCACCAUUGGUUUUGUCUAUGGCUGGAAAUUAACACUGGUCAUUUUAGCUAUCAGUCCAUUACUAGUCGUUGGAGCUACAAUAAUGUCCAAGCUAGCUGCAGAUUUCACAAGUAAAGAACUGAAGGCAUAUGCCAGAGCAGGUUCUGUGGCUGAGGAAGUGCUUGGCUCUAUACGCACUGUGAUGGCCUUUGGAGGGGAACAAAAGGAAAGUGUAAGAUACAGCAGAAACCUGACAGAUGCUCGGGACACAGGCAUCAAAAAAGGGCUUACAACGGGUCUGGGUAUGGGCUUCACAUGGUUUGUUGUAUUCGCAGCUUAUGCCCUUGGAUUCUGGUAUGGGUCAAAGCUGACCCUUGAUGAGCCUGACAACUACACAGCUGGAACCAUCUUGGUGGUAUUUUUUGCUGUGCUCAUUGGAGCAUUUUCUUUAGGACAUGCCUUCCCGAAUCUCGAAGCGUUGGCCACUGGUCGAGGUGCAGCCCACGGAAUAUUUGAAAUCAUAGAUUCGGAGUCUGAGAUUGACAGUGCAUCACAAGAAGGGAUGAAACCAGCAAAUAUCAUUGGGAAUGUUGAAUUCAGUGAUGUUGUAUUCCAUUACCCAUCAAGACCAGAUGUUCCAAUUCUGAAAGGAUUGAAUUUGAAAGUGAAUAUAGGAGAAACAGUUGCUCUGGUUGGCCCUAGUGGAUGCGGGAAGAGUACAACUGUAUCUUUGUUACAACGAUUCUAUGAUACCAUACAAGGCACUGUUAAAAUUGAUGGAAACAAUGUGCGUGACUUAAAUGUUGGUUGGUUGAGGGAACACAUCGGUGUAGUUAGCCAGGAACCUAUUUUGUUUGGUACAACUAUUAUUGAGAACAUCAGAUAUGGCAGAGAUGGUGUGACAGAUGAACAGAUCCAGGCUGCUGCAAUUGAGGCUAAUGCACAUGACUUCAUCAUGAAACUUCCACAGAAAUAUGAGACAAUGGUUGGAGAGAGAGGUGCCCAGUUAUCUGGUGGACAAAAACAGAGAGUCGCCAUUGCAAGAGCUCUGGUACGGGACCCCAAGAUCUUACUUCUCGAUGAAGCUACAUCGGCCCUCGAUACUGAGAGUGAGGCUAUUGUACAGGCAGCGCUGGACAAGGUCAAGGUAGGAAGAACCACCAUUGUUAUUGCCCAUAGGUUGUCCACAGUCCGCAAUGCAAACAGUAUUACCAGUUUUGAAGAUGGCCGUAUCGUAGAACAAGGCUCCCAUGAAGAACUAAUGGAAAAGCAGGGCAUUUACUAUAACCUGAUUACGCUACAACAGUCUCUCAAAGAUGAAGAAGACGAGGAUGAUAUGUAUCUAUCUGACCCAGAUAAACUUGAUGAAGGAAUGCAAGACUUUAUGAAGAAGACAAAUCCAUCCUUACAACGUGUCACAUCUGCAAAACUAGAACGUGGAAUAUCAACCAAAUCUAUGGGAGAAAAGAAAGAGGAAGAGGAGGAAGAGAAGGUUCCAGAUGCACCAAUGACCCGUAUUUUGCGAUUGAAUGCCCCAGAAUGGCCCUACAUAACAAUUGGCUGUGUUGCAUCCCUCAUCAAUGGUGGAGUACAACCAUCAUUCGCUGUCAUCUUUGCUGAAAUUCUCGGAGUAUUCCAAAGUCUUGACCUGGAAGAACAAAGGAGGAAGACCGCCAUGUACUCUGCCCUGUUCCUUGCUCUUGGUGUUGUUGCUGGUUUGGCCAUGUUCCUACAGAGUUACCUGUUUGCAAAAUCUGGAGAGAAUCUUACAAUGCGAUUGAGACAAAUGGCUUUCAAAGCUAUACUUAGACAGGAGAUUGGUUGGUAUGACGACCACAAUAACAACACUGGAGCCCUUUGUACAAGGCUAGCUACUGAUGCCUCUCAAGUACAAGGGGCGACUGGUGUAAGGAUUGGCAUGAUGAUUCAGAACAUCUCUAGCAUGGGGACAGCUAUCAUAAUUGCCUUUGUGUUUGGCUGGCAGUUGACCUUAGUCAUCCUUGGUUGUGUGCCACUGAUCGCUAUAGCUGGGGCUAUACAGAUGAGGGUUCUUACAGGACACGCUAACAGAGACAAUGAAGCAUUAGAGGGCGCAGGAAAGAUUGCUAUAGAAACAGUUGAAAACAUGAGAACCGUAGCAUCAUUGCAUAAGGAAAAACACUUUGGUGAUAAAUAUGAAGAGAAACUCAUCAUUACAUACAAAGAGGCUUUGAAGAAAGCUCAUGUCUAUGGUAUCACAUUUGGAUUCUCCCAAGCCAUCAUUUACUGGGUAUAUGCUGCUGCCUUCAGUUAUGGUGCAUAUCUUGUUAAAGUUGGGGCCAUGGAUUACGUCAGUGUGUUCAGAGUUUUCGGAGCCAUCGUGUUUGGGGCUAUGGCUUUAGGUCAGGCCAGUUCAUUUGCGCCAGAUUAUGGGAAAGCUAAGACUGCGGCUAACAGAAUGAUGGUGCUCUUUGACAGGAAACCAGAGAUUGACACUGAUGAUCCAUCAGGAGACAAAUUGACUGACUUCUCUGGGUCUAUUGAGUUCAAAGAUGUAGAGUUCAACUACCCAACUCGUCCUAACAUCCCAGUGUUGAGGGGGCUUGAUGUGUCCGUCCAGUCUGGUCAAACUUUGGCGCUGUGUGGGAGCUCUGGAUGCGGCAAGAGUACAACUGUACAACUCAUAGAGCGCUUUUAUGAUCCAAAGGCUGGCUCUGUGACUGCCGAUGGUUCAGAGCUUAGCAGCUUAAACAUCAGCUGGUUGCGUUCCCAGAUCGGAAUUGUAUCCCAGGAGCCUAUACUGUUUGACUGUACGAUUGCUGAGAACAUCGCUUAUGGCGACAACCAAAGAGAGGUCUCAAUGCAAGAGAUCAUAGAGGCUGCCAGGAGCGCCAACAUUCACAACUUUAUACAAUCUCUGCCUCAGGGUUAUGAUACAAAUGUAGGCCAGAAAGGUACCCAGCUGUCUGGAGGCCAGAAACAGAGAGUCGCAAUUGCCAGGGCUCUACUGCGCAACCCUAAAGUCUUGUUACUGGACGAGGCCACCUCUGCCUUAGAUACUGAGAGUCAAAAGACUGUUCAAGAAGCUUUAGACAAAGCCCAGGAGGGACGUACUAGCAUUGUUAUAGCCCAUAGGCUCACAACCAUACAGAACGCUGAUAUCAUUUGCGUUAUUCACAAUGGCAAAGUAGUGGAACAAGGGAAACAUAACGAUCUUCUAGCUCUUCAAGGAUUCUAUUUCAAACUCAAUAAAGCCCAGAUAGACCAAGUGUGAAACCAUUUAUUUGUGAAGCACAUCAGAUUUUAUUUUUCAAUGGAAUACCGAUAACUUUUAAAAGUAUUAUGAGAGUGACGUUUCAAUAAUCCAGAGCCCUGGAUUUAAAACUAAAACAAAAUGGCAGUAUGAACUUUAAUCAACCUUAGUUCACCAUGAUCUAUUCUGCCACUUGUUAUUCAGCUCAUUUUCACAACUCAAUACUUCCUCAUUUUUUACCAGAACUGCUGUAGCCAUCCUGACUGAGCAUUUUCUACUUCCAUGGAAAUGAUGCAAACAUCUGAACUGUUCUAAAUAUAUAAAUAGGAUAAUAAACUGACUAUAAUGAACACUCCACUGAAGUGGAUAAAAGAGAUGAAAUCCAAGGCAGUCGUUAGACAGAAAUGUGUAUAUACCAACAUUUAAUAUUUUAUACAUUAUUUAAUAUGACUGACUUAAAUGUACUAGUCUAUAGCAUUUAAAGUCCACAGAUUUAUUUUCAAAUUAAAGUAUGCUACAAUUCAGUCAUAAGGGCAUUGAUCAACUUAGUACUGACAAUUACGUCUAUCUCUUUCUGAGAAUGUCUCCAUAUCAAAACAUGGCCCUCUGCCUAAUUUGAGAAAUAUCUUUAAUUGAUAUGUAAAUAUUGUAUUAUAUGUUUAAAGUGCACUACAAGGCACUUAGAUACACUUCAAGAAGUUUCAUAGUUUGUACAUUAUUGAUUCUGUUAAUCAAUAUUAAAUAUAUGAGUUAUGCUGGUUGUACAUGGUAUACACAAAUGUGUGAGCACAAAUAUUGAAAACUACACUCUGGGUAAUAAUCCGAAAAAUAGGUAUAAAAAUGAUAACCCUAAUGGCAAAGGGAUUAUGGAUCGUCCCCUACCAAACCAUCAAAUUAUUCAAAAAACUUUCCAUUUUGGACCUGAAAAUGAUCCUUUCAAUAUCUUCUCAAUAUUUUGGUAUUUUAAUGCUUAUUUGUUAAAAGUCGCACAGAACAGAAAUGAGUUCAUAGCAUGUAUUUGAAUAGAUUCAAAUGAGAUUUUCUGAAUUUGUCAAUAUUCAGAUACAUUGUGUAGUAACUCAUUUAUUUAUAACAUGUUCCCAUAAUUUGGAAGACAAAAUGUUACAAAUGAAAUACCGUAACAACAGUAUAUAAAGAUAUAUCCAUUUUAAUUGAGAAAAUGACUUAUAUCUGAAAUUUCAUCCAUUUUAAUUGAGAAUUAUGAAUGAAUUAUAUCUGCAAUUUUAUCUUUAUAUUUAUGUUUAUAAUUGUUGAUUUACAACAAAUUGAAUUCCAUUCCUCAUUUAUAUAGAAUAAUCUUAUUAAGUCUUAUUCAAGUUUAAUCCUUUUUUAAUAAAUCCUGUUAUGUUAAUCACAUAUCAGCCUGAUUUGUUGUGAUGGCUUAAGAAGCAGAUAUACCUCAGACAGUGGUUAACAAUGCUGAAGGUUCUGCUUUGCAGAACAUAUCACAACAAUCAAAUGAAUGAGAAAUUUAAUAUUUUUGUCACGUCAUGCGUAAAACCAAUCAGACCAGGCGGGAAGCCAGAUUUUGUACAGCAUAUUGAGACUUCUAAUAUUAUAAUUAGUAAUGCUAGAUCAGACUUAUUUCUUAUGGGUUCGAUAAUUUUAAGUGUGCACAAUUGAUGAAGGUCUCUUUUAGAGAUAUGAAGUCUGCAAAGGGUAAUUCUGCAAGGGAGUCAAAUCAAAACAAGUUCAAUUCAAUUAUUUUAGCAUUCAUGUAUUUUAUUGUACAUGUAACAAAUGUAUAUAAUUAUUAUAUGAGAACUUACAACCAAUAUACUGCCUGGCAGUGGUUGAUUACAUGUAUUAGACAAAUGAUUAAAUAUGAUAUACAGAUUCUCUACUUCAUUGUAAACUUGUAAUUUUGUUUUUGCCUCUUUUUGCCAAAUCUGUCACAUGCCUGUACUAUACUUUGUAAUGCACUAUAUUCCUAAUCUAAUGAAUGGCCAGUAAUUUGCAUAAUACUUACACAAAAUAUUUAAUACUACCUUUAUAUGUAAUUACAGUUUAAUGUAAAAAUCAUUUAUUACAUAUUUGAUAAUUUGUGAAUUCCAUGAUUUUCUAUAUUUCUAUAUCAAAUGUACUACUCCAUAUAUACCUGCAAUUAUUGCUAACUUUGGGAAUUAAAGGCCUAAGGGGGUUUUGUAUUAACAAUUAACUAAUGUCAAAUGAGCUUUAAGAUUGAGCUUUAGAUUGCAACAACAAAACUAAACCUGUACACACGCCAUACUAACUUCGACCGUUAAUUUGAAUCUUCGAUCUACCAGAUGUUUGAAAAUCAAGGAUUACGAGUCUCAUACUGCACCCUUUUCUUCAUAUGGUAG